AUGCCAUCUCUGUCUCAACCAUUUAGAUUGGCAGCUCUUCCAAAAAUUGCGUCGUUGAGCAAUUUUUCUUUACAAGCGAAUUAUGUGCAAGUUGCAGAUGGCACCUUUAAUGAAUCGACAAAUAACAUAACCCUAGGUAUUUCGGGAUCAUCUGUAUCUCAAUACAUUAUUAAUCCUACACCCAAGCUGAUAUUCGACUACCCAAUACCCUCUACAAAUAUCAUCACUGCAUGCAAUGCUGGAGAAGCCCAAGUUAAUAUCGAGGACAAAGAUAACAAUGAAAAGGUUAUCAACUCCCAAACGAAAAGAAAUAUAGAAAUCUGGUCUUUUGGUUUAAUGGUAAAUAAGGGUAAUUAUACGCUGAAUGUUAUCACUAAAGUUCUAGAAAAUACCAUCAAUAACACAGAUGAAAAUUUGGUUGAGAAUAAAAUUGAAAACAAUGUAUACACAGGUUCAGAAGGCUUGCUUUCUCAAUAUAAGAUUAAAGCAAAAGCAAAAGUCAUGAGCAUCAAGAUCGACACCAAAAAUAAUUUAAUAAUUGCCAUUUUACAGAACGGGUUGAUUGAAUUUUAUGAUUUCAAAUUAAAACUGUUGCAUUCGUUUGACAUCUCAUACGACAAUUUGAAAUAUGCUAAAUGGUUCACUGAGAAUGGAAUUGAAUUUAUUUUUGUCCUCUGUCCAUUACAGGAUGACAAAGUCUGCUAUAAGUUGCUCGAGCUAACAGAUUAUGAAAACAGAGAAAACUCACCCAUAAAAGAGUUGUCAUCUACAAUCAUCGAAGGGUUUUCCUUUGAUGAUUCGAAGCUUUGUUAUCAAUUCGGUAAACUCUACAAAUUAAAUAAAGGAAAAAUAUACGUUUACUCAUUACCACACUGUCAAUUACAACAGGUUAUCGAGCUUCCUUUGAUUAAUAACUCAGAUUUCGAACACGACUUAAUUUCUUUUCAACCUGUUUCAGUAAAUAGAGUUUUAUUGACUGUGAACAAUAUCGUUUAUCUUCUAGACUUACUACAUUGUUCAACUUUAGGCCAGAGAGAAUUAAGUCACGUAAAAACGUUCCAAUUAUUAAAUACCGCGGUGAUUAAUUCAGAGAAAUCACACAGCUCAAAAACAAUAGCGAUUGGUAUCUCGACGAAGAAUGGUGCAAACCCAACGUCCUCGUUGGAAAUAAUCAACAUUGAUGUUGGAACUAAUACUCUUAAGGACUCAUUAGGUAAAAGUUUCCAAGCUGAAAAAAAAGAUAGCUCAGUUAUACUAAAACCACUAUUUGACGAUGAAGAAGUAACUGAAAAUAUGGUGAAACGUAACAACAUUGACGGGGAUAUAAGUAUUCCAACUUUCCAAUACGAUGAAAUUAUUGUAAAGCUUUCAGCUCUUAAAAGUAAUGACAUCACCUCAUUUGAUGAUAUAUUUUUCAAAGAUCUAAAGAUUAAAGAAGAACACUACACAGAAAAAGAUAGAUUCAUUUCCGAUCUUGUAUUUUUGAAUAAGGUGUUAGAUCUAAUUUUUGAGAAGUUUAACGGAAAUGACUAUCCAAAAACUUUAACGUUUUUACUAACCCACCCACUGUUUCCCUUGGAUCGCACAAGAAACCUGUUAUCUCUUUUAAGGGAUCAACCGAGAUUAUUCAAACAGGCAAUUGUAACAUGUCCAAACUUGCCAUUAAAUGAACUACUUGAGGAGUUGUUUUCUAUUAGAAACAAAGAGCUAUUACUGGACAUCUCAUUUAGAAUUUUACAGGAUUUUACAAGGGACUCUAUAAAACAAGAAAUGAAAAGGCUAAGCAAAUUAGAUAUUCAAAAUUUCAUUGAAUUUAUGACAAGUACCGAAAACGACAACUCACUAGAAGGCUUUAACCAUAGUCAAAGUACGCAGCUGUUUCAACUUUUGUCGCUAGUGCUGGAUUCUAUUGGGCUUUUUUCAUUAGAGGGUGCCCUUUUGGAGAGCUUAACCUCAUAUAUCGACAAACAAGUGAAAAUUGCUGAAAGAAACACCGAAUUAUGGAAUUUAAUUGAUAUAAAGAGUUCUCAACACGGUUUUACUAACUUGGCUUUUGAGAGCGCAUCUUCUCAGAAACAAGCCUUGCCCACUUACACCAUGGAAUACUUGGACAUUUAG